CAUCACUGAGCAUUAGUGCAUGCAUCCAUUCCAGAGCAGCAGAGGUUUUCAUUCGAUCCUGGCCGCUAUACCUGAAGAGCGCGACAUAACAGGGCAAUGAUCUCACUGGACUUCAAUUUUAAUGUUUUGACAAGGGACCUGUCACUUUAUCUGGAAAAUCAAGUGAAAGUUGGGCUUUUUGGAUCUGGAGUACUGUCACUGGUACUCGGCUUCAGCGCAGCUUAUGCCUACUACUACUUGAUCUCUGUCGCGAAGGUAGGGGUCACAGAGGCUGCUUAGAAGAAUCCUUAUUUAAUAGAAAUGGAUACAUUGUAACUGACAAUUGUCUUAUUAAAAGGUGGCAUAACGGUUAUUAUGAUGGAGGAUAUCGCUGGCGCUUUUUGCGCAUCAAACCGGCUCAGCAGCUAGAUGGUUUGCUGAGGAGGCUGAUACUGCCCAUGUGAUAUGACAUCUUUCAAUAAAAUGGUGUCGUAUUUUCUUUAGACUAAAUGUGAAAUUUCAAGAUUUGUACAAGGCCUACAGAUAUACAAAUGUUAAAUUGCCGUUUAGGCUGCAUAUAUUUUAUCGUGAGUCCUUAUUGUAAACCUGAAAAGGCAGUAAUGUAGACUGGGUGUAGACUAUUGUUAUACAAGCUGUCAAACAUCUUUAUGCAGUGUAGCCUACUGCAUAUUCACAAAUGAAUGUUUUUACCGAUAUUCGUUUUCCCGAAUAAUUAAACACAUAGGCCUAGGCUACAUAACAUUGGGCUAAUGUUAGAUUAUAUAAAUACAUAUUAGUAGGGGUCAUGCAUUCUAUUCUUCAUUAUACCUAAAUUCAGAGAUUAAAUGUCUCUAUGCUCUGACAGGACAGAUGUGUUUGAUUUGAUAUUGUGGUGACCUCAUAUAAUCCCAGUUACAACACAGCCUACUGUCAUUGUGUUCUCAUUACCAAUCUCCUUCCUUUCCAUCACUAGUGACUGCAGAAUGUCUCUAUAACUCACCAUAACAUUUCAUAUUUUCUGACACUUUACACAGUCCUCUAGACUAAAAGUAGAGCAAUAUAAACUUGAGAUUCCAGUCUUGAUAGUGCAUUACAAUUACACUAUAGUUGUGGAGAUCCUUCAUUUUGAAUGUUAUACACCAAGGUUGCACCAGUAGCAAAUAAACCAUAUGGAACAAUGAAAUAUGACUUAUGUUGACAUGUCAUUUAUGAAAGUGCAAGACAGAGAAUUCGAUAUCACAUGAUUUCAGUGAAGAGGCUGCACUAUAUGGGUACUGUAAGAGAGGGGUUGUGUAGAUGGUGAAUGAUGAUGAAGUAUAAGAACUGUUUUCAAGAGAUUGUCAUCAGUAGUAUACAUUUUGUCCUUUAAAUUGGGAUAAGCACAAACAUUUAUCUUUCCCUUGCCACAGAUGGGAUAAAAACCAGAUGAUGUUUGAAAUAGUUUCACCUAAAAUAGUUUAAAUCAUGAAUGAAAAAAUAUUUGAGUCUUGAAAAGUAUGUGAUCUAUCCUUUCAACCCUCAUGGUCCAUAUUUCUUUCUCUAAACAAGCUAUUAGGCUAAUGUCAUAAUUGGAAAGCCACAUCACUGACUUACACUGUUCAUGUCUUGUAUUGCAGAAGCCCCAACUGAUUUCUGGUGGUAAGAAAUUCUACCAGUUCCUGCGGGACCAAUGUCCCGUGGUGUCAGAGACCUACUACCCCACCUUCUGGUGCUGGGAGAGCCGGAUCCAGACGCUGCUUAGGCCCUUCGUCACGGCUAAACCGGGUGUCAGCUACAGAAAGUAAGACUUUUAUAGGAUCAGAUGUGAUGGUAGUAGUGUUAUUGUAUAAACACUAUAAUACAUCGCAUCUCUGUACACUGUUGAAACACCUAUCUAAAAAUGAACAGAUAUUGCUGAGAAGAUCUUCAGCAUGUGAAGGGGGAGGGUUUCCCUGGUGUGAUUGUGAAAUGAAACUGGGUGAACUGGAAUUAAACUGGAGAAAUGGGUUUAAACUCAUGGCGUUUAUAUCUCAUAAGAGAUAAGCCUGUUGCAUGGUGUUGGUUUCAAAAUACACCUCUACAUUAUACAUGUCCUGUUUACCAAAAAGAAUACUGUAAGUAUGUAUUUCAAAUAUUUUAAGAAUUGUUGGGUUCUGCUCAGACCUGCUCUUCCAUGUUCGCUCAAUGUAUGACAAAGUUCAAGGGUCACUUGGCUUAGUGACCAGUUAAUCCACUUCCUGCAGCAGACGUUACCCACUCAUCACCAGUUACCACCAGUAGCCAACACACUUGCUAUCCUUAGGCUAGGUAAUGUCCCAUGGUUAGUUAGUGCCCUGAGUUCUUUCUUGGCACGUGACCUAACAAGGAAAAACUCUGGGCCCUAGUUAAAGGCAGGACCGGAUUAGCGAACGGGCACGCAGGGCAUGUGCCCUGGGGCCCCGGACACCAAAUUGCAUAUGAACACGUCAUAAGCGAUGGCAAAAUAAUUUAGCUUUAAAACUGCAACAUUUUCUCUCAGCCUCAUGGCAAAAUGUGUAGAAUAGCUGGAAAUUAGCUUUAAAACGGCAACAUCUUCUCUCAUGACAACAUGUGUAGAAUAGUAUUAUAAAACUGCAAAUGUUUCUCUCUGCCCCAUGGUAAAAUGUGUUGAAAUGCAGGAAGUUAGCUGGGGGGCCUCCUGGAGGUAGGUGCUCCGGGACCGAAAUGCUUAGUCUGGGCCUGGUUAAAGGGUAUGGGAACUAAGGCCCUAUGUUUUUCCUGGUCAGGUCACAUGGUUGGUCAAGGUAAAAAAACAAAUGGUUCACCAUCAAACGCAAUUGGUCAGUUUCCACUGUAGACAGCAGCCAUUGCGACAUACAGUAAAGUAUUGGAAAAUUCCCUGCCGUAUUAGGAACAGGCUUUACCUUACUUCCACUUUUGAUUGCUUUAUUAUUAGGCUUUAAGGCUUUAAAACAGUUGGUUUGAUCAUCUAAGUACUGAAAUGUGCCCAUUCUUUGAUUCCUUUCAUUCAGGUUUAACAACGUGAAACAUAUUUCCUGCGUCUUGUUCUUAGCCAAGACUUAGCAGCAGAAAGGUGAAAAUAAUAUUUUGUGUAAUGGUAUAGGCUCAGGCCACCUGGGCUUCUUUAGUGCAUUCUGUUAGAGAUUAAUGGCCAGGGUGUCCCAGGCCUCCUGCAUUCAUUAGGUGGAUUUAAAUUAAUUAAAAGGGGUUGGAGGUAGUUAGUAUACAGUAUAUUCCACAGAACUGAAAUUAGUAGGAAAUAGCCUAGUGGUUCGAUCAGAUUUACUGUCCAAAUACAGUACCUAAUUGUUUUGUCAUCAUUCAAUCGGUUUUAUCAGUUACUGUAUUUGUGUAGGUUGUCUACUAAGGAGCAAUGUCAUCAUUGACUUCGAUGGCCAACCAAGAUGGAGAGUAGGCCUACUUCUGAAAUCAAUUGUCUUUACAACUAUUACUGAAAGUGGCACUAUAGGUAACUAACCACAGAAUGGGAUGUUAGUCUGGCUAUAGGCCGUCUAUCACUGUCCUGGCCAUGACAGCCAGUCUACUCAUGCAGUCAGUCAGACAUAUACGUAUAGUAUGUCAGUGUAGUAAAUGCUGACUUGUCUUGAUCUGAACCCAAUGACUCAGAAGAAUGCCCUAGUUCCUCAUGUCACUAUUUCUAUUGUUUAUUUGUAUUAUUAUUAUCUUGAUCUUUAACUCUGCAUUGUUGGAAAAGGACCCGUAAUUAAGCAUUUCACUGUCAGUCUACAUCUGUUGUUUACGAAGCAUGUGACAAAUAAAAUGUAUUUGAUUUUAUUUAGUGCCAAGGGCAUUCCACUUCCCUUAGCCUUUGUCUGACCGUUGUCCAAUAAAGCAGCUACAUGUUUCCCACAUCCCACAAUGCACCAUGGCAGCAGGCGGGUCUCACCUACCACCUGUCUCAGAUCAAAGCCAGUGUGUGCAUGUGUGUGCGUGUGUGUUUAGCCGAUGACAUUUGCGGGAGGUUAUUAGUCCUGAAGGAAGAGAAGACCUCUACUAUCCAGGGAUUAUCAUGUCUAUAAAAUAGUUCCCUGCAAUGUUCCCUGCACUGUUGGAUCUAGAAACAAGCAUUUCGCUGCACCUGCAAUAACAUCUGCAAAUCUGUGUAUGCGACCAAUAAACUUUUAUUUGAUUUGAAAGAGUUGUCCUCCUCUUCCUGUUCAGUGGAUCGUGCUCGCUCCCAAUUGGUGCAUGCCCUGACCAGCUGGCUCCAGAUUGGUGCAUGGCCCACGACCCCAGUGGCUGCCCCAGUCUGGCCUUUAAGUGCAUAUUUAAUGCUGGUGUGGUUCUGUAAUUUCAUUCCACUUCCAAUUAGACAGACAUACUGUACAUGGGCCGCAGGGCCAGCCACGUUGGUGUUGUCGCCUGGUUGCUCGUUUAGUGGGUUGGUGGCAUGAGAAGGAUUACAGUGGGAUUUGUUGACCUCAGCUGACGGUGUAGGCUUGUGGAAACUGGAAAUUGAUUCUCCAUAAGAAUCCACUGCUGCUGCAGCCAGCUACCCCCCCCCCCCCCCCCUCCCCCCUCCCUCCCUCCCCCUCUUCCUUGCCCUUCCCUGCUCCUGAGUAGCGUGGUCUUUUUUUCUGACUGUUCAUCCUCAGUUUUACAUGUGACCCAUAUCAGAUUUGUAGCCUCUGCAGUAGCACACAGAUGCAAAGCAAAUUUGAUGUCGCUGUUCCUUUACAUUUGGGGGUGGUUGUCGUGGUAAAGGGCAGGUCAUGUGCAAAAAAAUCACUUCAGAACAAAAAAAUAGGAUCUGAGCGUCCAGACUGAGGUCACAAAUGGAUCAUCCAAAUUAUAUCAGGAUUGAGAUCCACAUAUGGAUGUGGUAUAAAUCUGAAGUCAAAAGAUCAGCUUCCAUGUGUUUUUUGUUUUGUUUACACAUUAGGGAAAAUCUCAUAGGUAUCAGAUAUGACAAAUAAUUGGCAAAAGGUCUGAAUUGGGCUGCCUGUGUAAACGAAGCCUGAGAGGCUCCACUAGUGCCAGACUGCAUUCCCUUUGACAAAGGUAACGUUAGUGAAGGGUCCACACUGUAGUAAUCAUUGUACCUGCAACUGAAGGGAGAUAUUUGUGUAAAGAACAAUGCAUUUUUGCAAUGUCUUGAUUUGAGGUUUGGUUAGAAAGCAAUAUCAUGUGCAAUACAGUGUACAUACUAUACCCUAUCUAAUGCAAUAUGUACAGGAUAUAUCUGAAAUGUAAUACUUUACUGUAUAGAAUUAUUAACAAAAGUAAUGUUUAUUGUCUUGUUGGUCCCUAUAUGGAUUAUAUAGUUCUGCUUAUUUAAAUCACAAAGCAUAAUCUGUAAGAACCUUGGAGGUUGAGUAUUUACAAAACCUUGUAAAUUCCUCUGCAUUCUGUGCAAUGAGCUUUGCUUUACUGAACAUAUUGUAUGAAAGCUGCAGUGCAGAACCUAGGCCUACUUGCUGAGUUUGUCCCGUGUGUGUGUGUGUAAUUUAGUGGUGUCUUUUUCUACCCUGACUGUUAUAUCUGACCUCCUCCUCUUUGCAGUGAGCUCAUUAGAGCAGAAGAUGGAGGGCAGAUCUCUCUGGAUUGGUUCGACAACGAUGACAGCGCCUCCCACCCCAACGCGGCCACACGGCCCACCGUCCUGCUGCUCCCAGGCCUGACCGGUACCAGCAGAGAGUCCUACAUCCUCCACAUGGUGCAGCAGAGCAGGGAUCUGGGAUAUAGGUGGGUGGUCCUGGUUACAAGUACUGGACAGUACUGCACAGUGCACAGUUUUUAUUCAUGCAGACGGUUGUUCCAUUCAACACUGUGGAUUACGCCUAUGUCUUAGCCGGUAGGACUAUUGUAAACACAGUGCACAGUCAACUCUUGCUCAUCUGUUUUAGUGCAUUGCAGUUCAAUAGUCUAAAUUCAAAUACAUUCUCUUUACAAUGAAAGUCCCAAGAUAUUGUAUAUGUUAGGAGUCGAAAACUGUCUAUGAAUGGAUCAAGGUUACUUGAGGUAAGCAGCUGCCGAAAGAGUAGGCAGAGCAGUGCAGACCUGCUUUGGAAAGAAAGAGCUGAACGUUGCACUAAGAGAUGCUGAGGGAGGCAGUUUUUUUUCUCCUCCAAAAGGCCCCUCUGUGUUCUGUGUUCCCUGUGCUCAUUCUUUCAAACAGAGGGAGGGGGGCAGAGAAGAGUGGGAGGGGGGCAGCGAGAGUGGGAGGGUGGGCAGGAAAGAAGAGUGGGAGGGGGGCAGAGAAGAGAGGGAGGGGGGUAGAGAAGAGAGGGAGGGGGGCAGAGGAAGAGAGGGGAGGAGGGCGAGAGAGAGGGAGAGGGGCAGAGAAGAUGAGCGGAGGGGGGCAGAGAAGAGAGGGAGGGGGCAAGAGAAGAGAGGGAGGGGGGCAGAGAAGAGAGGGAGAGGGGCAGAGAAGAGAGGGAGGGGGGCAGAGAAGUGAGAAGAGAGGGAGGGGCAGAGAAGAGAGGAGGGGGGCAGAGAAGGAGGGAGCAGGCGGCAGAAAGAGAGGGAGGGGGCCAGAGAGAGACGGGGAGCGGGGGCAGAGAAGAGAGGAGGGGGGCAGAGAAGAGAGGGAGGGGGGCAGAGAAGAGAGGGAGAGGGGCAGAGAAGAGAGGGAGGGGGGCAGAGAAGAGAGGGAGGGGGCAGAGAAGAGAGGGAGGGGGGCAGAGAAGAGUGGGAAGGGGCAGGCAAACGGAGCAGGGAAGGGAGGGGGGAAAGCAGGCAAACUCAGCAUCUUUCCACCCCUGCCCUCGCCCCGGCACUGUCCUGCAAGCUUAAUGAAUUACAGCUUACUGGUACAAGCUUUGCAGCUUAGCUUAGCCCAACCAGCUUUGCCUAUGCAGGAGGAAGUGAAUGUGCGUCACACCAUUCCCUGCCCUGUCCACCCCCCAACCUACAGCAUGCCCCCACCCUGCUUCUGAGUUUUCACAGCCAGUCUCUUAGAUAACAGAUGACUAGAGAGAGAUUUCUGCUACUGCUGUUCAGGUCUUAAGGACUAAUACAACAACAGAUGUGUCCCUUUCACAGGUGGUUGGUAGCACCUUAAUUGGGGAGGACGGGCUCGUGGUAUGCGUUUGAUGCCAUUCCAUUUGCUCCGUUCCAGACAUUAUUAUGAGUAGUCCUCCCCUUAGCAGCCUCCACUGGUUCUUUACAAAUUCCACCUUAUUCCCUUUUCACUGCUGUGAAGUGCAUUUGUUUAAACAUUGUUUGGUGGCAGUGUACCUGCAAAUUCUCUUACAUUUAGGAACUGAAUCAUAAUAGCUGUAUAAGCAUUAAAGUCGUGCUCCAGUCUCCUUUUCACCUCAUUUAACAAUUUGCAAUGGCAAUGCACCUGGAAGACAGUGCACCUGGAAGACAGUGCACCUGGAAGUUAGAGCAUUAUUUUGACACAUAAUGUCAAUUGGUGAAACUAGUGUCAUUUCUCAGAAAAAAUGCUAGGAAUGCAAUGCAAUGAAUGGAUUUUAAAGGGUUAAGUGCAUGUUUUUGUUGUGUUUCAGGUGUGCGGUAUUCAACAACAGAGGGGUGUCUGGCGAAACUCUCUUGGUAAGAGUCUAAUAUUCAUACAAAGUACAGUUUAAAAGGAUCAUGUUUUCAAUUCAGACAUGCAUUCAAAAACAUAACAUUUUGCAACGAUUAUAUUACUCUGUACAAUAAAAAGGUAUCUUCAUGUACAAUCAAAAGGCUGGUAGAGCACGGCGCUUGUAACGCCAGGGUAGUGGGUUCGAUCCCCGGGACCACCCAUACACAAAAAUGUAUGCAUGCAUGACUGUAAGUCGCUUUGGAUAAAAGCGUCUGCUAAAUGGCAUAUUAUUAUUAUUAUUAUUAUUAUUAUUAUUAUUAUUAUUAUCUUAAUCUACACAGAUAUGCAAACACUCACAACAUGACACAAAGGCACAGGCCCUACAUCCUUUCGGCACUCUGCUCCACAUGCCUGUGCAGAGUGCAUACUCUCCCUUGCAUUGUGAUUGGAGCUAUUCUUCAGUGUUACGUCCCCCUUCACUAUGUCACCCAGCACCCCAUAGCAUGUCUGUGUCUGUGUCACACGUGGCAUGUGUAACCUAUAGUGUGUAACCCAUAGUGUGUAACCCAUAGUGUAAUGGGCAACCCACAACGAGCCUAGUCCAGAAAGCAAUCAGACAGACAAUGUUGUCACAUAGCAGAGAUGAUGAAGUUACAGGAAGACAGAUAGAUAGUGUAUUCACGCUCUGGUCCAUAGAGUGGAAUGACCUUUCCCUGUUCUGUCUUCACCAAGGCCAACUGUAGCUCAAGGUUUAUUACAUUUACAUUUACAUUUGAGUCAUUUAGCAGACGCUCUUAUCCAGAGCGACUUACAGUUAGUGAGUACAUACAUUUUUCAUAUGAAUCUAUUCCCAUUCAUAUAUUUAGCCAACAAUUAGGUCUUUACUCUACUGUCAAUCUCCAUUGAAGCGAGGAAGGGCUAUGAUGCAAUUCAAGAAAUGCUAACUCUUUGGAAAAUGUGCAUAUGCACUGGACAAAAACUGGUUGAAUCAACGUUGUUUCCACGUCAUUUCAACCAAAGAAAUCUAUGUGAUGACGUGGGAAAUCUGAUUGGAUUUGCAGAAAGUCAUCAAGGGCAUUUUGUAUUUUUUUCACCAAACUUUUAACCUUAAUCCCAAUGACAUGAUUUCACGUUGAAUUCACAUUAGUUGACAACUCAACCAAAGGUAAAUCAAAACUAGACUUUGAACUUGUCUGUGCCCAGUGGGUAAAUUAUAUUAUGUACCAGUGUCACCCAAACAGCUCAGCCAAUCCACAAUUGGAAUAUUGUAUCAUACCAUAGUUUGUGGCCACAAUUCGUCCAAUUUCCCUUUUGAUAUCUUUGCUCUCAGAAUGAAUGAAUGGGUUGUUUUGUGUCUUGUCCUUGUUCUAUUCACAUGUGCAGUCUCAUAGACACACACACAUGCAUGCAAGCAAGAACACACACACACACACACACACCAGUUAUCUUAUUACAACAGCGACCCCAGGCCAGGGUGUCAUCUGAAAGGGAUCUUCCCAGUUGCCAAUACUGUAGUGCACACGUAGAAUUAGGAAUUAGAAUACUAGUAAUUUAGUAGGAUCUCUAUGAGUGCAUAUGUGAAGAAUGAUUACAGCUAUUGCACUACAUAACGUGGUGGUAAGAAAGGAAUUAUCCUCCUUCCACUAGCGUUGAGGAAUUGUGCUGAAGUUUUAUGCAAAUGACUACGCUUUCAUACGCCUUUGUGACUGUUUUCUCUGUGCCCAGUUGAGUGUGAAUGGCGUCCAUUGUUUGAAUAGGGCACAGUGUUAGAAUGAAUGUCCUUCUGUGUGAGAAGUGCCCUCUGCUAGGCCACAACUAGGGCUACUGGCCUAAUUCCACCCAGACCCCCCACUCACACACCACAAUAGUGUGGUAGCCCGCUCAGCUAAAGCCUAAGCAUUAGCUUUUGGAGCUAAUUCAAUUCUUCAGGUCUCGAACGCCUCGUUACUCUUAGCAUUUAGCAUACAGUACAUUUUUCAGUUGGUCCGUUUAAUUCACAUCAUAUUUCAUAGUAAUAUGUAGCGUUACUACAAUGGAUGGUUAUUGGACUUUGAACUUUGUAUUGUAGUAGAAAACUUUAUUACUGUAUCAUCAAAAGCUAAAUAGUUUCAAGCUGUUUUUAUUAUUGUUGUAACAUUACCAGUAUGGCUAAUUUCCAUACAGGAUUUACCUCGGUGUUUUACCCAAAAGGCUCAGACUUUUCUGUUUCCAUCUACGUGGGCCAGCACCCGUGUCUCAUUGGGCCAUGGCUCCGGCGGACCUGGUCUCACUUGGGGCCAAGGCCCUGGGUACUUUUCAGCUGGCAAUUACAUAACCAUGGCUAACUGUGAACUUUAACAUCUUCUCACAAAGCAACAGCCUUGAAUGAUGCAGAUGUUGUUGAUUCUGCUUUAGUGUCACACUCCUGAUGGAAACACAAUAACACUAGAGCUUCCAAUAACAUAAAACACUGGUGGCCCAUUGGUGUGGGGGUAAGUCUCAUUGGAAAAGCACCAGUAGAGUUCCUACUCCACUCAAGUCCUUUACUCAAAUGUAGGCUAUGAGGACACAGAAACUGGAUAUGACUGCUGUGAGAAAACACUCGGGCUGAACUUUGUGCAAGAAUAUUGAUGAAGAAAGAUACUGGAUCAUUUGCCCAAUGUGAUAGAAGAAUGCUUGAAUUAAUCGAUAGUGCUUGUGAUGGACAGAUGCUACAGGCCAUUAGCUGAAUAAGGCUAUCCAGCAGCAGACUUAUAGAUGCUGCAUGCUACGUCUCUGACUGCUCUUAAAUAGUAUUACAGUAUACCUCCUCCUGUGGUUGCUACUGCUCUAACUCUAAAUAGCCCUUGUCCCUGAGUCAGCCAUUUUUAAUGCCAGUGGAUAUUUUUCUACCACUCAUUCCAAUACAGCAUGAUGAAUAUACUGUAUAGCGUCAAGGAGAGUGUUUGGCCUUUAAGUCACAAGCAGUGUUUGUGCACAUGUAUGUGUGAGGAUGGGUGUGAAGGCUUGCAUGUAAUUAAUGUACAGUAUGAGUUCUCCGCACAUCUGACUAUAGAUCCCGGAACAGUGUGUGCACAUGCAGAGGUCGCAGUGAUAUUUGCAUGCCUGUGUGUGUGUGUGUGUGUGUGUGUGUGUGUGUGUGUGUUUUUUUUUUCCUCCGUACGGUCGAAAGUCAAUCUACCAACAGAAAAACUGUGCUGUAACACGAAAGGGACAUGGUACACACACACACAUACACACACACACACACACACACACACACACACACCACUCAGAGUGAACUCUUCUUAUCUUUGUGUGCUACCAGACUCCCAGAACAUACUGUGCUGCCAACACAGAGGACCUGGAGGCGGUCAUCGAACACAUCCAGAGGACAAAUGAGGACGCCCCUCUCAUGGCUGCUGGGGUCUCCAUGGGAGGGUUAGUAGGUGCCUCUUCAUGCUUUCUCACUUCAAUGGACAGUGACUAUAGCCCAAAUCCUGAGAGCUGCAUGCAUUACUCAGACUUCUGCAUAAAUCAUGUGUUGAUGUAGGCUACCGUAUUGAUGUCAACGGGCCUUCAGAAAGUAUUCAGACCCCUUGACUUUUUCCACAUUUUGUUACGUUACAGACUUAUUCUAAAAUUGAUUAAAUGUUGUUGUUUUUUUGAUCAAUCUACACACAAUACCCCAUAAUGACAAAGCAAAAACAGGUUUUUAUAAAUCUUUGCUAAUUUAUGAUAAAAUAAAAACUUAAAUAUCACAUUUACAUACACUACCGGUCAAAAGUUUUAGAACACCUACACAUGCAAUGGUUUUUCUUUAUUUUUACUAUUUUCUACAUUAUAGAAUAAUAGUGAAGACAUCAAAACUAUGAAAUAACACAUACGGAAUCAUGUAGUAACCAAAAAAGUGUUAAACAAAUCAAAAUAUAUUUUAUAUUUGAGAGUCUUCAAAUAGCCACCCUUUGCCAUGAUGACAGCUUUGCACUCUCUUGGCACAAGCUUCACCUGGAAUGCUUUUUCAACAGUCUUGAAGGAGUCCCCACAUAUGCUGAGCACUUGUUGGCUGCUUUUUCUUCACUCUGCAGUCCGACUCAUCCCAAACCAUCUCAAUUUGGUUGAGGUCGGAGGAUUGUGGAGGCCAGGUCAUCUGAUGCAGCACUCCAUCACUCUCCUUCUUGGUAAAAUAGCCAUUACACAGCCUGGAGGUGUGUUGGAUCAUUGUCCUGUUGAAAAACAAAUGAUAGUCCCACUAAGCCCAAACCAGAUGGGAUGGCAUAUCGCUGCAGAAUGCUGUGGUAGCCAUGCUGGUUAAGUGUGCCUUGAAUUCUAAAUAAAUCACAGAAAAUGUCACCAGCAAAGCACCCCCACAUCAUAACACCUCCUCCUCCAUGCUUUACAGUGGGAAAUAAACAUACGGAGAUAAUCCGUUCACCCACACCGCGUCUCACAAAGACACGGCGGUUGGAACCAAAAAUCCUCAAUUUGGACUGCAGACCAAAGGACAAAUUUCCAUCGGUGUCUAGUGUUUCUUGGCCCAAGCAAGUCUCUUCUUCUUAUUGGUGUCCUUUAGUAGUGGUUUCUUCGCAGAAAUUCGACCAUGAAGGCCUGAUUCACACAGUCUCCUCUGAACAGUUGAUGUUGAGAUGUGUCUGUUACUUGAACUCUGUGAAGCAUUUAUUUGGGCUGCAAUUUCUGAGGCUGGUAACUCUAAUGAACUUAUCCUCUGCAGCGGAGGUAACUCUGGGACUUCCAGUAAGUAUAAGCUGGAAGUAGAGGCCUAAGCAUUGUUGUUCACUAAUUUACCCCAAGUAGGGAAAGGAUGGCAGGGUUGAAAAGUAAUAAAGGGGAGUAUAUAUAUAAAAAACAUGGGGGAUUGGAAGUGAUGCAGACAAUUACAUUGAUGGAAGUUACAAUCUAUCUGCAAUAUUAAGCUAAUCUACUAAAAACUCUGGGACUUCCAUUCCUGUGGCAGUCCUCAUGAGAGCCAGUUUCAUCAUAGCGCUUAAUGGUUUUUGCCAGUGCACUUGAAGAAACGUUCAAAGUUCUUGAAAUGUUCCAUAUUGACUGACCUUCAUGUCUUAAAGUAAUGAUGGACUGUCGUUUCUUUUUGCUUAUUUGAGCUGUUCUUGCCAUAAUAUGGACUUGGUCUUUUACCAAAUAGGGCUAUCUUCUGUAUACCACCCCUACCUUGUCACAACACAACUGAUUGGCUCAAACGCAUUAAGAAGGAAAGAAAUUCCACAAAUUAACUUUUAAGAAAGCACACCUGUUAAUUGAAAUGCAUUCCAGGUGACUACCUCAUGAAGCUGGUUGAAAGAAUGCCAAGACUGUGCAAAGCUGUCAUCAAGUCAAAGGGUGGCUAUUUGAAGAAUCUCAAAUGUAUAAUAUAUUUUGAUUUGUUUAACACUUUUUUGGUUACUACAUGAUUCCAUAUGGGUUAUUUAAUAGUUUUGAUACAGUGAGGGAAAAAAGUAUUUGAUCCCCUGCUGAUUUUGUAAGUUUGCCCACUGACAAAGAAAUGAUCAGUCUAUAAUUUUAAUGGUAGGUUUAUUUGAACAGUGAGAGACAGAAUAACAACAAAAAAAUCCAGAAAAAACGCAUGUCAAAAAUGUUAAAUAUUGAUUUGCAUUUUAAUGAGGGAAAUAAGUAUUUGACCCCCUCUCAAUCAGAAAGAUUUCUGGCUCCCAGGUGUCUUUUAUACAGGUAACGAGCUGAGAUUAGGAGCACACUCUUAAAGGGAGUGCUCCUAAUCUUAGCUUGUUACCUGUAUAAAAGACACCUGUCCACAGAAGCAAUCAAUCAAUCAGAUUCCAAACUCUCCACCAUGUCCAAGACCAAAGAGCUCUCCAAGGAUGUCAGGGACAAGAUUGUAGACCUACACAAGGCUGGAAUGGGCUACAAGACCAUCGCCAAGCAGCUUGGUGAGAAGGUGACAACAGCUGGUGCGAUUAUUCGCAAAUGGAAGAAACACAAAAGAACUGUCAAUCCUCAUCGGCCUGGGGCUCCAUGCAAGAUCUCACCUUGUGGAGUUGCAAUGAUCAUGAGAAUGGUGAAGAAUCAGCCCAGAACUACACGGGAGGAUCUUGUCAAUGAUCUCAAGGCAGCUGGGACCAUAGUCACCAAGAAAACAAUUGGUAACACACUACGCCGUGAAGGACUGAAAUCCUGCAGCGCCCGCAAGGUCCCCCUGUUCAAAAAAGCACAUAUACAGGCCCGUCUGAAGUUUGCCAAUGAACAUCUGAAUGAUUCAGAGGAGAACUCGGUGAAAGUGUUGUGGUCAGAUUAAACCAAAAUUUAGCUCUUUGGCAUCAACUCAACUCGCCAUGUUUGGAGGAGGAGGAAUGCUGCCUAUGACCCCAAGAACACCAUCCCCACCGUCAAACAUGGAGGUGGAAACAUUAUGCUUUGGGGGUGUUUUUCUGCUAAGGGGACAGGACAACUUCACCGCAUCAAAGGGACGAUGGACGGCACCAUGUACCGUCAAUUCUUGGGUAAGAACCUCCUUCCCUCAGCCAGGGCAUUGAAAAUGGGUUGUGGAUGGGUAUUCCAGCAUGACAAUGACCCAAAACACACGGCCAAGGCAACAAAGGAGUGGCUCAAGAAGAAGCACAUUAAGGUCAAGGAGUGGUCUAGCCAGUCUCCAGACCUUAAUCUCAUAGAAAAUCUGUGGAGGGAGCUGAAGGUUCGAGUUGCCAAACGUCAGGCUCGAAACCUUAAUGACUUGGAGAAGAUCUGCAAAGAGGAGUGGGACAAAAUCCCUCCUGAGAUGUGUGCAAACCUGGUGGCUAACUACAAGAAACGUCUGACCUCUGUGAUUGCCAACAAGGGUUUUGCCACCAAGUACUAAGUCAUGUUUUGCAGAGGGGUCAAAUACUUAUUUCCCUCAUUAAAAUGCAAAUUAAUUCAUAACAUUUUUGACAUGCGUUUUUCUGGAUUUCUUUGUUGUUAUUCUGUCUCUCACUGUUCAAAUAAACCUACCAUUAAAAUUAUAGACUGAUCAUGUCUUUGACUCAAGGACAUUCAGAGACUUGUCCCGAAGCCACUCCUGCGUUGUCUUGGCUGUGUGCUUAGGGUCGUUGUCCUGUUGGAAGGUGAAACUUCGCCCCAGUCUGAGAUCCUGAGCACUCUGGAGCAGGUUUUCAUUAAGGAUCUCUCUGUACUUUGCUCUGUUAAUCUUUCCCUCGAUCCUAACUAGUCUCCCAGUCCCUGCCGCUGAAAAACAGCCCCACAGCAUGAUGCUGCCACCACCAUGCUUCACCGUAGGGAUGGUGCCAGGUUUCCUCCAGACGUGAUGCUUGGCAUUCAGGCCAAAGAGUUCAAUCUUGGUUUCAUCAGACCAGAUAAUCUUGUUUCUCAUGAUCUGAGAGUCUUUAGGUGCCUUUUGGCAAACUCCAAGUGGUUCCAAACUUCUUCCAUUUAAGAAUGAUGGAGGCCACUGUGUUCUUUUUUGGUACCCUUCCCCAGAUCUGUGCCUCAACACAAUCCUGUCUCGGAGCUCUACGGACAAUUCCUUCGACCUCAUGGCUUGGUUUUUGCUCUGACAUGCACUGUCAACUGUGGGACCUUAUAUAGACAGGUGUGUUCCUUUCCAAAUAAUGUCCAAUCAAUUGAAUUUACCACAGGUGAACUCCAAUCAAUUUGUAGAAACAUCUCAAGGAUGACCAAUGGAAACAAGAUGCACCUGAGCUCAAUUUCGAGUCUCAUAGCAAAGGGUCUGAAUAAUUAUGUAAAAAAGGUAUUUCUGUUUUUUAUUUUUAAUACAUUUGCAAAACCUGUUUUCGCUUUGUCAUUAUGGGGUAUUGUGUCUAGAUUGCUCAGGAUUUUUAUUUAUUUAAUACAUUUUAGAAUAAGGCUGUAAUGUAACAAAAUGUGGAAAAAUUCAAGGGGUCUGAAUACUUUCCGAAGGCACUGUACAUGUAUGUAUGGAGCAAUACUACACUAUAGUAUCACUUCACUGAACUGUGGGAGUCAGUCUAAAGAUACUACGUUUUAUGUAGAGCCUGGAAAGUACUUGUUUGUCCCAUCCAUAGGUUUGUAUUGAUAUCUAAAAAAAUUAAGUAAACGCUCACCAGCAGAAAUGGUUUCAUGGGUUGGUUAUGUAUUUUAUUUAUUUUGCAGCCUCCUCCUUUCCCCUGUCAGAAACAGCACUUUUCAUUUGAUUCAGAGAGCUCAGCCUCUCAGUAGUACUUAAACCAUGUCAAAAUAGGUAUUACAGCUAUAAUCCCCUACCUAAGUGAGGGUUUCCCCUCUCUCCUCUCCCUUCUCCCCAACCCUCUCCCCUCUCUCCCCUCUCUCCCCUCCACCGUCCUCUCCCCUUUCCCCCUACCCUCUCCCUGUCUUUCUAAUCCCAGGAUGAUGCUGGCGAACUACCUGGGGAGGAUGGGCAGGGAAACAUGUCUGAAAGGCGUGGUUGUGUUCUCGGCAGGCUGGGAUGUGUUUGAGUGCACAGCGUCGCUGGAGAAGCCUCUGGACCGCUUUCUCUUCAACUCCUACCUCACCAGCUGCCUGCAGGCGGGUGUGGACAGGUGGGUGGGGGCCGUAGGGGGCCGGACGGGCUACUGGGGGAUUUGCCUAGUUUAGAUCUUAGCUCUUAGCUGCACUGAGCUACAUUGUUUAGCUUUUAGAUGUUAGCUUUUAGCGACCCCUGAGGUUGGGCUCUAAAGGCUAACAGCUAAUAUCUCUUUCUCUUUCUCUCUCUCUCUCUCUCUCUCUCUCUCUCUCUUGGGAUAUUUUCCUAUCUCAAUCAAUCAAAUGUAUUUUAUAAAUCCCUUUUUACAUCAGCAGUUGUCACAGUGCUAAGCACUCGGUACUCUACUGUCAGACCCCAAUCAUUUCAUUAACAUUUCCAUUGGAUAUAUUGAAGCAAACCCACAUGCUUCCCUAUGUUCCCCAUUGUUGCAAACCUACUUCCCCAAGUUCCCAUUGAAGCAAACCUACUUCCUGCUUCCUCGUGUUUUUCUCUCCUCUAGACACAAAUCUGUGCUUGAGAAGAAUUACGACAUUGAUCAUGUGAUGAAGGUAAAAUGCACAACUUUUUUAAUGACCUCCUCUAAGUAAAAUCAAAGUAAAAGCAACCCAUCUGGGUCGUUCCACCAAUUUGGUGCCUUUUGAGAAGUGUAACUUCUAAUUUUAUACCUAAUUUUUACAUUCUGUCACAAAGAGCGCAUGUUCAGCUUAAUAAAAAACACAUUUCCCAUCAAAAAAAAAAUACUAUAGUAAGUGCCUAAUAAGAGCCAAAUAAAGUAAUAGGGUUGACUGUAACAGGGUUGACCGUAACAGGGUUGACCAUAACGGUUGACAAUUUCAUCUUAAAUCAGCCGUAAAUCCCCUCGUGACAGGGGAAAUGGAAGCUUGUUGUGUGCAACAGGGAGUGGCAAUUGAAUGCAAGCUUCACAAAAAAAUACUUACUAUGACUGUGAUAUGUGGUUGUUCCACCUAGCUAUCUUAAUAUGAAUGCACUAACUGAAAAGUCCCGCUGGUUAAGAGCGCCUGCUAAAUGACUAAAAUGUUUUAAAAAUAACAGGGUUGAUGUGUUAUGCUCGAACCGCUCAGUUUUCCACCACAAAACACAAGAAAAUGGCCAAAAAGAGUAGAACCAGCUCACCUGCUUUUACAUUAUGAUUUGACUAUUAGAAGUUCAAUGUUUCUUUUGAACAAAUAUUUAAAGAUAAAUAGUUUUACCAUAUUAAAAUGAGAGUUCAGUUCACGUAACAGGGUUGACCUUAAAAUGAGGGACAGACGUAAAUGAAUCGCUAAUCACAUGAAAUAAAUUAUAAUCUUCAGAAAUUACUUUGUCAAAGCAUCAAAAUAACUAAGGCUUUACAAUGAUGGUGAAAUGCUGAAUCUUAGCACUUUGGCAAGCCUUUAUUAAUAUAAAAAAUCAAGAUUUAUUGAAUUCUCCAUUUGAUCUAUAUUAAAGACCACUUCAUUUAAUAUAACAGGCUUUUAAAAUUCCAUAUUGGUGCACAAUUUCUAAUUAAAAUAUCAAAGGGAUGCAAAAGGAACUCAUUUAGUGGAAUUUCUAGUCAGGUCCUUAUGGCCCUCUUGGGCUGCUGCCAACAUUGUUGAAAGCAUAUUGUUGCCGAAUGUCACCUUAUAAUUCGACUUUAUCCCAACCCCCCUGCAGGCCAAGACCCUCCGUGAGUUUGAUGAGAGGUUCACGUCUAUAAUGUUUGGCUACCCCACCAACGAUGACUACUACCAUGAUGCCAGUCCCAUCCACAGGCUCAAGUCUGUGCAGGUUCCCAUGUUGUGUCUAAACGCUGCAGAUGACGUCUUCUCUCCCAGUCAUGGUGAGUCCACAAUCACACCACACCACCGGCCCUCCAUGUUGGUUACAUAGCCCACCACCGGCCCUCCAUUUUGGUUACAUAGCCCACCACCGGCCCUCCAUGUUGGUUACAUAGCCCACCACUGGCCCUCCAUGUUGGUUACAUAGCCCACCACUGGCCCUCCAUGUUGGUUACAUAGCCCACCACCGGCCCUCCAUGUUGGUUACAUAGCCCACCACUGGCCCUCCAUGUUGGUUACAUAGCCCACCACUGGCCCUCCAUGUUGGUUACAUAGCCCACCACUGGCCCUCCAUGUUGGUUACAUAGCUCACCACCGGCCCUCCAUGUUGGUUACAUAGGAGUUAACUAGUUUGUUGACUUCUUUUACUAAAUCAGAAGUUAUUAUCUUGGGUGACCUAAAUUAUGAUUGGGAAAUGCAAUCUAAAAUUACAUCUAUAAGACGUGUAAUGAUCCACCACCGCCCUCCAGUGGUGACUAAGCCGCUACAAACCUGGCCCACUCUAUUUGUUAAGACUUCAUUGUGAUAGAUAAGGGCUCUUCUAUCAAGUACUGGUCUUGAUUGGCUAACGGAAUACAGGCCAAUGAAAGAUAUGUGUCCUGUGUCUUACUCCGUGAGUUGAAUGAGGUUCCCCAGGGGUUUUAAGAGGCCACCCCCAAGAGGGGACACCAGAUCCAGGCCAUAAAAAAGGGGGAAAGUUGGUGGCAGUCCCAGGGUUAAAAGAUUGGAAAGGGAAGUUCUUAGAGGGAAAGUAUAAAAACCGUAAGGUUGGCUCGCCACCACGGGGCCCUUAUUUUGGUAAUGGGGGAAAAAAAAAGUGGCCCAGUUGGUUCAUAGAAUGAGCCAUUGUUACAUAGCCCAACGUUGCGCCUUUUUGGUUUAACUAAAGGCCCAGUUGGGAAUGAAAGGGGAAGGCAGGGUUAAAUGCCCCCCCGGGCAUAGGGGUUAAAUCCCCCCACGGGGGGUGCCCCUCAGGGUUAAAAGGGCUCAAGCCUCAUGUGUUCCAAGGUUAACCUAGGGUUGACCUUUAAACUAAAUGGGAAGUAUUACUGGGGACUAAAUAACGGGGUUGGGAAAAUUAAAUUCCACUUAGGUGUAUGUUUCCUUACCCAACCCCCCCUUGACAAGCCUCACCCCCAACCUUGUAAAGGGGAAAGGGAAAAGAGUCCUUGUUAAACUUUGUUGACCCUUUUCCUAAGUCCCAGGAAUAGUUUACUGGGUUUCCCCCAAAAAAGGGUGGGUUUGAUUUGUUUUUGUAGAGAACCACCAAUCUGCCUCGUGAAUCACGGGCUCAAAACCAAAUGAACGGGCACGGGGUUUUGGUGCGUUUGUGUACCUUUUCCCCGAAAAACAAUUUGGGCCCAGACUUUUUAAAAGGUGUCUUCUAAAAAUUUGGGGAAUCAAAAUAAACAACCAAAAGGGUUAAAUUUUAGUCGAAUGCCUGGUACAAUCCGGAAUCAGAAUCAGAAGAAGUAUCAGAAGUAAUUCAUAAAAGAGAUGAUGCUUGGGUCAAGGCCAGGAACACUUAGGCCCGGACUAGCAAGCUUUUAAGCAACUGAGGAAUCAUUGUGUAAGACAAAUCAGAAAGGCUAAAUCUGAUUAUUAUGUAACUGCUCUUUCGGAUUGUAAUGGGAACUCUGCAAAAUUCUGGAAAACGGUCAAAUCCCUGAAGGGUUCUACUUCCUCUUCUCUGCCACAACAAAUUAAUUCAGAUACUGGCCUCAUUACAGGAAAAAAUGGCAUCAUUGAUGCAUUUAAUCACCAUUUUAUUUCAGCGGUCUAUCUCUUUGAAAUAACUUCUAAGCCUAUUCACAAUGAUAUUGGGCUGGAUAAUGAUAGUGGAAACUUGCUGAAUGAUGAGAGAAAUUAUAGUCAAAGCUUUUCCUUUAGGCUAUUUACAGAAAAAUAAGUCCUGGAUGCUUUGUAGCAAUAGACAACAAGAAAUCCACAGGGGCCGACCAAUUGGAUCCUUAAGUGUGCAGCGCCCAUCAUUGCUGGCUCAAUAACCUACAUUUUGUAUUUAACAUUGUUAUCAGGAAAUAUUCCAAAAUAAUGGAAAUCAGGUCUUGUGCUGCCACUCCAUAAGGGCGGGGAUAGUAGUGAUCUUAAUAGUUAUUGCCCCAUUUCAAGGCUUCCUUGUCUAGCUAAGAUUCUUGAGUCCUUGGUAAAUGUACAACUUUGCUCUUUUUAACUGAGAAAUGUAUUUUUUAUGUAAACCAAUCAGGGUUUAGGCAUGGGCAUAGCACUAUUACAGCAACCACUUUAGUUGUCAAUGAUCUUGUCAAAACUUUAGACACUAAAAUGAAAUGUGCUGCUUUGUUUGUGGACCUGUCAAAAGCUUUUGAUACUUGUUAUAUUUGUUAUUAUUAUUAUUAUUAUUAUACUGUUGAUCAUGCUAUUUUAUUGAAUAAGUUGUCCUCGAUACGUCAGAGCUCUGAUGCCUGUUCAUGGUUUCAUGAUUAUCUUAGUGACUGAACUCAGGUCAUUGUGAUUGAUGGGGUUAAGUUUGAAUUUCUUGAAGUGCAUAAAUGUGUACCACAGGGGUCGAUUUUGAGACCUGUUCUCUUCACUAUUUAUAUAAACACCAUUGGUCAGUCUGUUAAAACUUCAUCUACAGUAUAUGCGGAUGAUUCUAUUAUGUAUGCUAUUGCCCCAACUGUUGAUCUGGCUGUGUCAAAACUACAGUCAGAUUUUAUCCCUUGCUGAUUUAAAACGUGUGCUUAAUAUGGGCAAAACAAAAUACAUGUUGUUUUUAAACUUUCUGAAGAAUGUUUCAGAUGUUCACUCAUUAGAUGGUUCUCCAAUUGAACGUGUUCCCGCAUAUAAAUACUUAGGCAUUUGGAUUUAUAUGGAUUUGACAUUUAAAAAACAUAGAUGAGCUGGUUAAGAAACUAAGAUUUAAAGUUGGCUUUUUCUACAGAAACAGACCGUGCCUUUCUCUAAGCAGUAGGAAGCAGAUUAUUCAGUCAACCUUUUUAUCUGUUCUUGAUUAUGGUGAUAUUAUUUAUCAAAGUGCAGCUGCUACUACUCUUAAACUUUUGGAUGCCAUCUAGCAUAGUGCCCUUCGUUUUGUUAUAGGUAACAGUUUUGAUACAGUUUUGAUACUCAUCACUGCAUCCUGUAUCAAAAGGUUGGCUGGACUUACAACCGAGCCGAAUACAACAGGUGUAGACCUUACCGUGAAAUGCUUACUUGCAAGCCCUUAACCAACAAUUCCGUUUUACUGAAUAAACAAAAGUUUAACAAGAAAAUAACAAUAACGAGGCUAUAUACAGGGGGUACCGGUACCGAGUCAAUGUGUAGGGGUACAGGUUAGUCCAGGUAAUUGAGGUAAUAUGUACAUGUAGGUAGGGAUAAAGUGAGGUAGAUCUCUACAUUAUUGCCUCUACUUCAUAAACUUCCAUCUUAUCUAACUUUGCUGUUGAAGUAUAGACACCUGAGCUGCCUAAUCUGUUCACAGGAUUGGUUAACUCUUGAGGUUCCUACGGUCUACACUGAGCUAGGAAAAUCUGCUUUUAGUCUUAAAGCACCGUAUUGCUGGAACAAAAUUCAAAAUACAUUUAAUCAUAAUGUUCUGGUGCCGUUCGGGCAGUUUAGAGUAUUGAUUGGGGACUUAUUUGUGGAGGAAUGUAACUGUUUUUCUGGGUGAUUUGUGAUGUUUUACUUGUGCUUCCCAUGACUGUGUUUUUGUAUUUUAAUGUGUGGUUACUUUUUUGGUUACUACAUGAUUCCUUAUGUGUUAUUUCAUAGUUUAGAUGUCUUCACUAUUAUUCUACAAUGUAAAAAAAUAGUAAAAAUAAAGAAAAACCCUGGAAGGAGUAGGUGUGUCCAAACUUUUGACUGGUACUGUAUAUAUGUAUAUUUAGUGUAUAAGGUGUAUAUUUGUGUUGUAUUGUGCAGGGCACAUUUGAAAAAGAGACCUUGGUCUCAAUAUGUCUUUCCUGGUAAAAUACAAAAAAAUCUAUUGUAAUGCCCUAAUCAGUGUGUAAGACAUAUACGAUUUACACUACACGGUGUACGUACGUUCAUACAGUAUUUCUGUGGGGUUUUGGAAGUAAAAUCUCCAAUCUAGUGCUUGGUGUAUGUGUCCACUGCUUGACUGAUAGAUUAUUAAGAAGUGUUUCGUCUCCUCUCCUCCUCAGCUAUUCCAGUGGAGGCGGUGAAGCAGAACCCUAACCUAGCCCUCCUCAUCACCUGCCACGGCGGCCAUAUUGGUUUCCUGGAGGGACUGUGGCCCCGACAGAGCACCUACAUGGACCGCGUGUUUAAGCAGUUUGCCAAGGCCGUCAUAGAACAGGGCGGCGACCUCAAUGACCUAUCCAGCUAGUAGGACCAGUUCUUCCCUUUCUCCUUCUCUCCCACCUUCCUUUUCUCCCUCUCUAUUUCUUUCAUUUCAUUAGUCCCGUGUAGCUCAGUUGGUAGAGCAUGGCGCUUGCAACGCCAGGGUUGUGGGUUCGAUUCCCACGGGGGACCAGUAUGAAAAAAAAUAUAUGUAUGCACUCAAUAACUGUAAUUCGCUCUGGAUAAGAGCGUCUGCUAAAUAACUAAAAUGUAAAUUUCUUUCCUCCUCCCCACAGUCCUUGUACCCAACCCCCCCCCCCCCCACCCACUACAAGCAAAAAAAACUUUUUUUAUUUUGAAGGGCACAUCCUGUCGCAACACAACAUUCGUCCGUCCACUCAUGUAUUCCUUCAAAAGUUCAUUAAUUCAAUGUAUGUAGCCAUGAAUUCAUAUCAUGCUUAUUCGAAAAAGAUGAGUAUGUUCACAUUAGUACAUUAGUAUGUUCGAAUAUGAAUAAUUUCAGCUGUCUCUCUCCAUCCGUCAGUGUUCUCAACAACAACUCUUGUAUCAAUAGGAUUUUAGUCCUCAGGGAUUUUUUUUUUUUACAUAGUAUCUGUCUGUCUGUCUGUCUGUCAAAG